AUGCAAAAAGCUGAGCACAAGCUCAUCUGUUCAUUUGAAAUAACUUGUUUGAGAGUUUGUUUUGAUGAACAACACAACAGUCAAAAGUUUCCCCCAGCACAAGCCUUAGCACAACACAGGCUACAGAAAUGCGUCAUCCCGAUGCCAAUCUCAAAGCAAGCUCUACGAAGAGGCACACUGAGCGACGGACAGCUGGUGCUGAAGAGUUCAUGUCGUGUCCAUAGACCCCCAGCUCCUCUCCCCCACACAGGCUGCACCAGAGACCCCCAGCUCCUCUCCCCCACACAGGCUGCACCAGAGACCCCCAGCUCCUCUCCCCCACACAGGCUGCAUCAGAGACCUCCCGAUCCUCUCCCCCACCACAGAGCGUGCGGCCACCCUGUCCAGCGGCUUCGCGUGUCUUCUCACGUUUGGCUCGGCGUCCCAGAUCGGGAUCUGAGCUCCCGUCCUUCGCUGCGACCCGCAAAUCAGAUCAUGUCGCUUGUCUAG